AUGUCAACAUUUAUCGCUUCACUUUAUAAUUACCUCCGAAGAUUACACUAUUUGGGACGUAAUUUUAGCGGGGCAGCUCAUGUUGAAGUAUGGUUUGGUGGUACAAAAAUGUCUGUAUCCGAAUUACUUUAUAUUGUCGCAGAAGAAUUUAAUGUUUCACCAAAAAUGCUCUAUGAAGUACUGCGUGAUUUGGAUCAUAUAAUUACGGAAGCAACAGAUCCGAAAGUAAAAUUAAGCAUUGAAGAAAUUCAAAAUCGUCGUCGAGAUCGAAUUUCACGUACGGAAAAUCGUGAAUAUAUCAAUAAUGGUAUUCGAAUGGUAGAAAUCAAAGAUUCAUUAAAUCCACAAAAUACACAUGCAAGUUUUGCAUUCAAUUAA